CGUGUUCUCUGUCCCACCUCUGACGCUUCAGGUCAGGUAAGAAAACUUCCCAGCUUUAUUUUAUUUUAUUUUAUUUUACCUGUGCCGUCACACAGGUAAACACUCUGAAGAUUCCGUCAGUAAAGUAGGGGGGAGUUUGACCUCCCUAGGGGUGCCAGGGCUUCCGUAGCCAUGGCUGAAUCCCAGCUUAUAUGCAUGGAGGACGGACACAUCGGUGUCAACGUCCCGGAGUCCAAGCCGGAGUUCUACUACAGCGAAGAGCAGCGUGCUGCCAUCGAGGAGCUGCUGAAGAAUGGCGACGGCGCCUUCAAGACGCGACUCAAGGAAGACAACGCGAAAGACUUUUUAUCCGCGAGGGAAGUUAAAGUUCUCGUGAGCACUUUCAAACAAUAUGACUCUAAUGACACCAGCAGCAGCAGCAGGACGGCGGAACAGGGAGCCUCUGGAACCGACGCAGACUCAGGGGUUCAUUCUACCUACUGGCCACUGAUGUCGGACACCGAGGUCCCGUCGCUGGACAUCGGCUGGCCCAGCGGUGGGUUCUUCAGAGGGGUGACCCGGGUGGCCGUACACACCCACCCACCCAAAGACAACGGACCGCACAUCAAGGAGGUGGUGCGGCGGCUCAUCCAGGAGGCGAGCAAGGUCAUUGCCAUAGUGAUGGACAUGCUCACAGACAUCCACAUCCUGCAGGAUCUGAUGGAUGCUGCUUGCCGUCGGUCUGUGCCUGUUUACAUUGUGUUGGAUGACCAAGCUGUUCCUCACUUCCUGGACAUGUGUUCCAGGCUUCAGAUUGGCUCGCAGCACCUCCGGUUCAUCCGAGCAAGAUCGCUUCAAGGAGUUGGCUUCAGUAUGUCCUUUGGUAAACUCCCUGGUUCGCUUUUUAGUAAAUACAUGCUGGUGGAUGGAGACAAAGUUGCCUUUGGCUCUUACAGUUUCUCUUGGUCUGCUUCCCGAAUGGACCGAAACAUGAUCACUGUGAUGACGGGGCAGGUGGUGGAUGCCUUUGACAGAGACUUCCGUGAGCUGUACGCCAUAUCCGAGAAGUUGGACCUCUACAAGGAGUUCCACGUCAGUCCCCCUGCUGCUAACGUCACCGCCACUAUUCGCUCCAAAUUGGAGCCCAAACGCCCUCCGUUACCGGCGACCACAUCCCGUUUCCAGGUCAGCCUCGGAGACUCUCGGAAUGUUGAAAUCCAGGUUCCUGCCCACAAAUACUACAAUCCCAAAUACUCGCUGCUGUUCGGAGGUUCUGCACUUCCUGCAAGAUCUCUGCAUGACGAAAGACCAAAGCCGGGUCUCGCAGAUCUUCAUGAAGAGGAGGGAAGGCCUCGAGUGGCCAGCAGUCUUAAGCUAGAUCCUCAGAGUCCGUUGUCCUCAGAGGCCCCAAGUGAGAACUUCAAGACGUCAAACAAAGUAUCUCUGGGGAAAAAGAGAGGCUUUACUUGGAAGUUGCCGAGAAAAAAAUCUCAGAGUAAGCUUUCUGUUAAAAAUAUAGGAAGUGCUUCACCGACAGAGACUCAUCCCAAUGAAUUGGAAGACGGUGCCACGGUGGUUGUGGUAACCCCGACCAAAGGGAGUAAGAAGCUUUCUAAACUGGACCAAAGAACGCUGUCUCAGCAAACUGUCACCACGUCACAUGACAAAGAAAGUUUGAAGAGUCGUCGUCAUGGAAAAUCAGGAUGUAAAAUAUCCUAAGCUGAACUUGUUUGACACUUUUAAUAGUGUACAGUUACAUGAUCUUAAAACAGAUGAGGAAAUGACUUUAAUGAAGAUGGUGUGGCACACUGCAGCGUUAUGCACGUUUGAAUGAAGACCAGAUGAAUGUCCAGUCCUUCAGGUUUUUAUCUACUGGUUUCACAUCUGGAGCCUAAUGUACCAUGAGGCUGAUCUGGCAGAAUCUCUGGAAUCACAUAUUUGUGUUGAGGCCUUUUUAACCCAUCUUGUUAUUGGACUGGGUUUGUUUUUUAUUUUUAUUUUUUCUUGCAAACAUGGGUGAAGUUUUUAAAGUUGUUCAGGGAAUGUAUUUAUGUGUCACACUUGUUUAUCUAAAUUGCAAAGUAAGAAAAACCACAUUUAUUCCUAGAGAAAUAUUGUUUGGUUUCAGAUUUAAAUUAGUUGCGAUGAGUUGCAUCUUAAAAUGUUUUUUCAAACCUAUUCAGCCACGCUGACUCUUCCAAAUAUAUCGAGCAUAUAUUUCUAUGAUGAAUCCUGGUUUGCAAAACAGUUUAUACACUACUGAUAUUGCAGCCAACAGACUACAGAUUAGAUUUGUAUUUAUUGAAUCCGGUCAUUUUUACUUUUGUUUUUGCCCACAUAUAUGAUUAUGUACUGAACGAUGACUCCACCACACUUCUGCCCAUGUGUGUUGCCUUUCUUUGCCGUUUGUAGAUAGACGACGUUAAGAAAAUAGAAUUGGUAUCUGCUCAACUGACACAUUAACUUUCCUAACAAUGGGAAAUAAUUUAAAGUAGAGGUGUUUAAAGAGACAUAGACAUGCUUUUUAAUGCUGAAGAUGAGCUACUCUUGAGUUACUACAAACAGUGUGUGAAGUUUAACGGUUAACUGCUCUUAUUUAUAAUAGCAACCAUUCAGAAGUCCAACUAUAGCGUAAAGGAUAUGUUUCAAGAUUAAUUUGACAUUUUUAUCCAGAAUCCUCUGUCUUCUUUUCAGCAGCAUGAUCAGCCUCUGGUAUUUGUCUUGACUCCGGAUGGCGCUACAUAAAAAAAAAGUUCCCUUUUAUUUGAAGUAGGCAGCCCUCAUUUGCAUGGUGUGUGUUUACAGUGUGUGAAAGUUCAUGGUAGCAUUCAUGUUUUUUCUUUUUCUUUUUUUUAUCAGAGAAUUGCUUACCAUCAGAUUACUCUCAUCUUGGUGACAGGAAGAUGCGAUACAGCAGCAGAUGUCAGUUGAUAGAAAAGCGUGUAAAGAUAUACACCAGCACAACAACAUGGUUGGUUUUAUUUCUGUGCACUUGAAAUAAAACCACUCCAUUAAGUUGUACUAAACUUAAAAAUUAUAUACUGUGAUUACCUUUAGCAGACUUUUAACUGUUUUUGCACCAUUUCGCACAAGUAACUUUGAACCUUUUUGAUUUUUGUGUUACAUUUUGAUUCACUCAGAGUAGAAAACAAGAGAUCCUCACUUAAAUCAACAGACACUGUUACCCAUUUAGUGGCAUGUUGGGUUGUUGGAUAUAGACAAAGGUUUGAUGUCUAUCAUUUAUUGUUUUUGUGGGUUUCAAUAAAUCCGUUAUCCACCGAGUCUA